CCAAAUGGACGCGAUCCAGUGCGAGGAAGCGACCUUUGUCGAGCACCGCGAACGCAAGACGGUUGUGGUGCACGCAGAGACAGCCGAGCUCUCGAGUGUCACCGAAGUCUCGCUAGACUUGGCAUGGGACGACCCGUAUCGGCUGCAUUGGGUGCACAAGCUGAAGCUCAAGGACGAGACGCUCAUGUUCCUCAACGAGAUCGCCAAGAAAGAAUUGAAGUACCCGGUCAUGGCUGUGAGCUGGAUCAACGAAACAUGCCAGCGUUUUCAGUACAAGGGCGAGACGAUUGAGCUGUCGCGCCACCAAUCGUUCUGCAGCAAUGUCGUCGCCUCGCGCGAGCCGCUGGUGGUGCUCGACACAACGCAAGACGAUCGGUUCAAAGCGCACCCACUAGUCUCAGGCAACGGACCGAAUCCGUUUGGCGCCCCCGUGCGUUUUGUGGCGUCGGCGCCCAUCUGCCAUGACGGCUACGUGGUCGGCACCAUGUUCGCACUGGAUUUCGUGCCGCACACGCCGACGCCAGACGAGCUCAAGCACAUGCUAUCGCACAUGCACGCAUUAGCGUCGACAGCUGUCAUUGUGAUCGAUGGCUGCUUCAACGAUGCCGUCGCCGCUGAGAACGACAUGCCACGCCAAGGACGCAUGUCCAUGUGUCAGCGCUUCAUGUGCGGCGCAUGGUAAUCCAUUCCAAAGCUCGUCAUAUAUACACACAACACACUAAUCCCAGUAGUACCAUCAUUACUAUCAAGUCAAAAGCGUUCUCCACAA